AUGGAGAAGGUGGCUGUUCCGCCAAAUCAGCAGUACAUCAAUGAGUUCCAGGGGGUGUUACAAGCAGCCCUUCGGACCGUCACGGGGUCCAGCGGCGUGACGGUCGAUGCCAAAAACGGCAGCGACAUUUUCGACGAGUGGAAGGAGGAGAUUGCCGAAAUUUUUGGCUGGGACCAUGAGAAGCCCGUCGAGCGGUUCACCAGGGCUGCAAGCUCAGACGGCUAUGUGAAGGGGCAAGAGCCUGGAGAGAAGCCGAAAUGGACCGCCGAUGAACUGGAGGCAGAGCGCAAGCAGUUCGCUCUGCUGGAGGCGAGCUCCGAAGUCAACCGUCCUCCGUUACUUCGCCCCCUCGAGCCGCUCAUCUACAACCACACCGACCCGGGCGCCACGGUCAUCUACGGCUUUUUCAAGAUCACGCCCUCGCUGCACCUGAAAGACGGCGACAUCAAGAAGCCCGCCUACAACGCCGAGAUUUCGUACAAAAUUGUGUACACGAUGUGUACGACUGGGCACUGCAGCUACACGCGCUACAUGCAAAUGUGGGAGGCCGUCGCGCAGAACCAUCUGAGGGCCCUGAUGCUGGGCAACUACAUCCCGGGCAGCUGGAACCACUACUGGGUGCCGAACGGGAUGGCCAUGCAUAUGCUCUACGUCACGCUCGCCAACAAGCACCAGCCCUUUGCGCAUUUGAAACUGCGCUUCUCGAACGUGAUGUGCGCCGCGUUCACCGCCGGCGCCACAGCUAGAAUCGGGCUGGCCAGUCGGGACCUGGAAUCGUUGACCAUCGACGAGCUGGAGGAGAUGACCACCGCCCGGGGCACCGUCUAUCGGGCUACGGCCGUGUUCGACACGCUGAUGCUCGGAUUCCGCAGCGCAUACGGCAAGCAGACGUGGAUGAAGGCGAGGAUAUAUAUCGCGUUAUCGGGGUUU